ACAAGCCCGGCUCUCCCACAAGAGAGCAGAACAGAGGCGCUUCCUCUCGCUCGCUUGCUCCGAGCCCUCUGCUCCUGCCCGGCCCGCGCCCCUGGCUCUCUGCCCGCCCCGAGGGGCGCACGCCCGGCCUCUCCCUGCCGCUGGGAAGCCCCCUCCUGCUGCAAGGCGGCUCGCCCCGUGCGGCGGCGGCUGCUCCGCCGGGCUGACAAUGACUCCUCCGCAGAAAGUUGCCGCCGCCGCGCAGUAGCGAGCGCGCCGCGCUCCCCACCCUGGUGCCGGUGCAGCGAGCGCAGGAGCCGCGCCGCGUCGGGAGGGCGAUGGCAGGACGCGCGGGCAGCAAGGAGCCGCCGCCGGCGGGGCGCGCCCUUCCCGAGGCUCCUCGCAAGGGCGAGGAGGAAGCGGAGAUGGGGCCAGAGCCCGUCACCUUGGAAAUCCCUGCGGUGGCUCCGGGCAGGAGGCUGGAGCGCAGGAGCGGACUGGCUAUGGCAGGAGCCGCCGAGCGCUUUCCCGGCAGCCUGGGGACCGCGGCCGGGGCAGCAGCGGACCCCGAAGCCAGUCUCUUGGAAGCUGCCAAGGCGACCCCCCGCAGGAGCAGCAUUAUCAAGGAUCCUUCCAACCAAAAAUGUGGAAGGAAGAAAACUGUGUCCUUCAGCAGCAUGCCAUCAGAGAAAAAAAUAAGCAGUGCUAGUGACUGUAUCAGCUUUAUGCAGGCUGGAUGUGAACUGAAGAAAGUUCGUCCAAAUUCCCGCAUUUAUAAUCGUUUUUUUACUCUAGACCCUGACUUGCAAGCACUUCGCUGGGAACCUUCCAAGAAAGACCUGGACAAGGCUAAGCUUGAUGUUUCUGCUGUAAAAGAGAUAAGACUAGGGAAGAACACUGAAACAUUUAGGAACAAUGGACUUGCAGACCAGAUUAGUGAAGACUGUGCAUUCUCUGUAAUUCAUGGGGAGAAUUAUGAGUCUCUUGACCUGGUUGCCAAUUCAGCUGAUGUGGCCAACAUUUGGGUGUCCGGUUUACGAUACCUGGUUUCUCGAGGCAAACAACCUCUGGAUUUGAUGGAAAACAGCCAAAAUACUCCACGGUUUGUAUGGCUAAAAACUGUAUUUGAAGCUGCAGAUGUUGAUGGUAAUGGCAUAAUGCUAGAAGAUACAUCUGUAGAAUUAAUCAAACAGCUUAAUCCUACCUUAAAGGAAUCAAAGAUUAGGUUAAAAUUUAAGGAAAUCCAGAAAAGCAAAGAAAAACUAACAACUCGAGUAACUAAGGAGGAAUUUUGCGAAGCAUUCAGCGAACUUUGCACAAGACCAGAAGUUUAUUUCUUACUAGUGCAGAUAUCUAAAAACAAGGAAUAUUUAGAUGCAAAUGAUCUUAUGCUUUUUUUAGAAGCUGAGCAAGGAGUUGCUCAUAUAACAGAAGAAAUGUGUCUAGACAUUAUCCGCAGGUAUGAACUUUCUCAAGAAGGACGAUUGAAGGGAUUUCUUACAAUUGAUGGAUUUACUCAGUAUUUGAUGUCCCCAGAAUGUGAUAUUUUUGACCCUGAACACCGAAAAGUUGUCCAGGAUAUGACACAACCUUUAUCACAUUACUAUAUCAAUGCAUCUCACAAUACCUAUCUAAUAGAAGACCAGUUUAGAGGACCAGCUGAUAUCAAUGGCUAUGUCAGGGCUUUAAAAAUGAACUGUAGGAGUAUUGAACUUGAUGUUUGUGAUGGUCCAGAUAACGAGCCCAUUAUUUGUAACCGUAAUAGCAUGACAUCACCACUUGCCUUUCGAAAUGUUAUCGAGGUAAUAAACAAGUUAGCCUUCAUUACUACAGAAUAUCCUCUCAUUCUCUGCUUGGGUAACCACUGCUCAAUACAACAACAAAAAGUAAUGGUUCAACACAUGAAGAAGAUUUUUGGAAACAAACUCUGCACAGAAGCACCUUUGCUAUCAGAAGCCUACCUUCCAUCACCCGAGAAACUGAAAAAGAAGAUUAUCGUGAAAGGGAAGAAACUUCCCUCUGACAAGGAUUUAUUAGAAGGAGAAGUCUCUGAUGAAGAUGAAGAGGCUGAAAUAUCUCGAAGGAUGUCUGAAGAUUAUGUGAAUGAAUCAAGGCUCAUCUGGCUGUGUAGAGAAUUGUCUGAUUUGGUAUCUAUAUGCAAAUCUGUCCAGUACAAAGAUUUUACGGUAUCUAUGAAAAGUCAGAAUUAUUGGGAAAUUUGCUCUUUCAGUGAGGCAGAGGCCAGUAGAAUUGCAAAUGAAUAUCCAGAGGACUUUGUCAACUACAACAAGAAAUUUUUGUCUAGGAUAUAUCCAAGUGCCAUGAGGAUAGACUCUAGUAACUUAAAUCCCCAAGAUUUUUGGAAUUGUGGUUGUCAAAUAGUGGCAAUGAACUAUCAGACUCCAGGACCAAUGAUGGAUCUACAUACUGGCUGGUUUUUACAGAAUGGGGGAUGUGGAUAUGUCCUUAGACCUUCUGUUAUGCGUGAUGAAGUAUCUUAUUUUAGUGCAAAUACAAAAGGUAUCCUUCCUGGGGUCUCUCCUCAAGUUUUACAUGUCAAAAUUAUCAGUGGUCAGAAUUUUCCAAAGCCCAAAGGAGCUUGUGCAAAAGGGGAUGUCAUAGACCCAUAUGUUUGCAUAGAAAUUCAUGGAAUUCCUGCAGACUGUGCAGAACAAAGAACUAAAACUGUUCAGCAAAAUAGUGACAAUCCUAUUUUUGAUGAAAGCUUUGAGUUCCAAAUAAACCUACCAGAACUUGCAAUGAUCCGUUUUGUUGUUUUGGACGAUGACUAUAUUGGUGAUGAGUUUAUAGGCCAGUAUACCAUACCACUUGAAUGUUUACAGCCUGGAUAUCGACAUAUACCUUUGCGCUCCUUUGUUGGAGAUAUCUUGGAACAUGUUACACUUUUUGUUCACAUUGCAAUAACUAAUCGAAGUGGAGGAGGAAAAGCACAAAAGCGCAGUCUGUCGGUGAGAAUAGGAAAGAAAGGAAGUGAAUAUACCAUGCUGAGGAACACAAGCCUUAAGAUUAUAGAUGACAUCUUUAAACUAGCUGUGCAUCCAUUACGCGAGGCCACCGAUAUGAGGGAAAACAUGCAGAAUGCAAUCGUGUCCGUUAAAGAGCUCUGUGGACUCCCGCCAAUUGCCAGUCUGAAGCAGUGCAUCUUGACUUUGUCCUCACGGCUCAUAAACAGUGAUAAUACCCCUUCUGCAACUAUCUAUAUGAAAGACGCAUUCCCUUACCUGGAGCCUCUGGGGACCAUGCCUGAUGUGCAGAAAAAGCUUAUGGCUGCAUAUGAUCUGAUGAUACAGGAGAGCAGGUUUCUUAUUGAGACAGCAGACACCAUUCAUGACAAGAUUGUUCAGUGUCAGAAAGCAGGCAUGGAAUUCCAUGAAGAACUUCAUAACCUUGGGUCAAAGGAAGGUCUGAAAGGAAGAAAGCUAAGCAAAGCCAUUGAAAGUUUUGCAUGGAAUAUCACUGUAUUGAAGGGCCAAGGAGACCUGUUGAAGAAUGCCAAGAAUGAAGCCAUAGAGAAUAUGAAGCAGAUCCAGCUGGCCUGCUUGUCAUGUGGACUGAGCAAAACUGGAAGUGGAAACACUGAUGCAAAGUCAAAACGAUGUCUGGAGGCAAUACAGGAGAAGGAUACUGGGGAUGAGAAUGGCAGACUGUGAGAGAAAGCAGAGUUGUCAUAUCUAUCAUAUAUUUCAAUAGCUAUAUUUUUAAAGCAUUUCAAAAUUCACAUGGGAAUGCCUUCUCGCCGGGCGUUGGAAGUAUUAAAACCCUCACAAUGUCAGUAUUUUAAUGCAGUUAAUUUAUCUAAGUUAAAAUCUUUAAUAGUGAAAUUUCUAAUAAAUUCAAGGAAUGGGUGGAGAGUAUGAAAGAGAGAGAGAGAGAGAGAAUGUGUGUAUGGAAUCCAGAAUAGCCCAUUUAAGAGUUGCUUUAUCCAUUUACUAAUUUAUUCUUUUGUCCUCUUUGAACAGACAUGUUAAUUCUGAUCAAAACAAAUAGAAUACUUAUUGUAUCAGAUUUGUGCUCCAUUUGACUUUCCUGCCUUUGUCAUUUAAUUUACAACUUUUAAUAUAUUCUGUUUAAAUUAAACAAAAUAGAUUUCACUAACAAAUACUCAUUUGUUGCAAGGGUGAAAUUAAUGGAUUGCUAUAAAUCCUCAACAUCAUUUUAAUGAUCAAUUAAAAAUAAGUAAAUGAAAUAUUGAACAGAAUUUCUAGAUAGAUCCUUAUUAGAUUUCAGAUGGACAUUUCAUUGGAUUUUAGUUAGUCACUCUACAUAUACAUUCAGAUAGUACAUAGUAAUGUAAGAAAUUGUUAACUUCUUUCAUUCAAGAAAGUCAGUACUACAUUUUUGCUCUACAGAACAAUUAUGAUCUUUGCAGAAAUUCAUUUAAUUUCUGUAAUAAUAAACACCACUUCUACCAUCUUAUGAAGUGAGAAUAGUGAGUAUUCAUCCAGGAUAAAAUAAAAUGACAGUGAUCUUCAGUAAUUCUGAAAUAUUUAUUAAUGUCAAUAUUUGAAUGAAGAUUAUAGACUUCAUAAAUUGUGAGCCUUAUAUGAAAUUUAGAGAAUGGGUCAAUUUCUUCUUGCCUUAUUCAUACCAGUGAUCCCAUUUAGGGCAGUUGCACAAGGUAAGCAGGAUUUGACUGUAGUUUUAAGAAACAUGCUGUGCUAGAGACUUGAAGUCAGACUGCGGAAUUGCUAAAUAUACAGUAUAGAGAAAUGGCUGAAAAAAACAGGGUGCCAGCAUUCUUGUGCAGCCAUUAUAAAUGUCAUUACGCAAGAAAUUCUUAUGGUAGUGUUGAGAAUUAACUGUGUUGUGCUGUCAUUUAAGGUAGGCAGAGGAGAUGGACAACCAGCGAAUCCUCAUCCUGUCAUCCUUAAUAAGAUUCCGCUCAUAUAUUCUCAUGGUGUUCAUUUCGGUCUUUUCAUUACUGUGCUUAAGUGUAGUUAUUUGCGUUAUCUCUAGCAAAAAUUCAGUGUUCUCUGGAUAUAAAAGACUAUAUUUAUUUGAAGGAUUGCUUUUAUUUUGAAAAGCUAUUUUUUAAAUUAAUUUUAUUAACAAAUGUGCUCAUUUUCUGAACUCAGUUAAAUGUUGAAAGGUUGACCAUCUGAAAAUCGUAUAUAGUUACUGUGUUAAGUUAUUUUUGACUUCUUAAUAACACUAUUAUGUUCUUGUUGCACAUUACUGAGAGAGUAAAGCUAUGAAACAACUUUAGCCCAUGUUUUAAGUGAUUUUACGUAGAAGGCAAAUACUAAAAACUGUGAGAAUUUGGGUGAGUUGUACAUAAUAAUGUUCUCUUCUGUUUUGAAUCCCAUUAUUUAAAGGGUUAUAACUAAGUAUGCCUGAAACUUGAUUAUACAUAGUAAGAACAGGUAUCCUUCCCCGCCCCACCCCAACUCUGUUAACUAGUCAUUUAGGUCUUUGAUUUCUGUAUAUGUGUAUUAUAGUUUCCCUGUGUGACUGAAUGAGGGAGGGUACCUAGUGACAGAUAACGUGGGACAAGCUGAAGUACUCAAUGCUUUUUUUCCCUCCAUCUUCACAGACAAAGUCAG